UCUCCUUUCCCCCCAUAAUACACACCCAUCUCUAGCUGUGUGUGUUAGUGUGAGAGAGAGAGAGAGAGUGAGAAGAUGGAAGCUUUUAGAGUUCUCACAAUUAUUUUUGCUCUCAUGUUACUUACUCAACAAGAAACAGAUGGUGCAAUAGAUGCAGAGACACUAGAAAUGAUCAACCAGGCCAACAUGAAUGGCCCUUAUGUGGGAUUGGUGAUUCCGAACCUAUUUGAGAUGAACCCUCUUCUUCAAUCUCCAAACUACGUGCCUAGUAAUCUCACCAUAGAUUUUGCAGGAAGGAGAUUUCGAUUCGGAACCAUCGAAAAGAAAGAAGUCAUACUGGUCAUGACAGGGUUAAGCAUGAUAAAUGCAGGUAUAACCACACAGCUUUUGUUGAGUUUAUUCGAUAUAGAAGGAGUUGUCCAUUAUGGAAUAGCUGGAAAUGCAAACCCUUCUCUCAAUAUUGGAGAUGUCACCAUUCCUCAGUAUUGGUCCCAUACUGCUCUUUGGAAUUGGCAGAGGUUUGGAGAUGGGCCUGAAGACGAACUAGCCCUAGAAGUCAAUGGAGACUAUACAAGAGAAAUUGGGUACAUCAAAUUUCACAAUUAUAUCAGUGGUUUCGCUGGUUGCAGCUUCUUCUCUGACAAUCUCUUGAACAAUGUCUGGUACCAACCAGAGGAAGUCUUCCCCAUUGAUGGCACUCCUGAGGAAAGGCAACAUGCCUUUUGGAUUUCUGUGGAUACCCAUUAUUUUGAAAUUUCCAAAACCCUAGAGGGCUUGGAACUAGAGGGCUGCAUAAACUCAACCACAUGCUUGUCUGAGACACCAAAGGUGACCACUGUCCAAAGUGGAACAAGCGCAAGCAUAUACCUUGACAAUGCAGCUUAUAGGGGCUUCAUCUAUGACAAGUUCAACGUGAGCCCGGUGGACAUGGAAAGCGCGGCAGUGGCACUCAUAUGUCUGCAGCAAAGGGUGCCUUUCAUCACUUUCAGGGCACUGUCUGAUUUGGCCGGCGGUGGUUCAGAUCAGUCGAAUGAGGCUGCUACUUUCGCGUCUCUUGCCGCGAACAAUUCUGUCAAAGUUGUGGUAGAAUUCAUCAAGAACUUGUCUGCAGAAAACUUAGAUUUGAAUGCUUCUGUGUAGCUUUCUUUUUCUGCUUUCUGCUUCUAUUAUGUUCAUCAAGUAAAUAAGUGCCACUUGGAAUGCUAAUAAAAAAGGAAGAGUGACAAUAUCCUAAAAA